AUGGAAUUUCAUUUGAUUUUUCCUAGAGAUUUUUUAUUACUUACAUCAGAUUUAGAUGAAAUACCUAAAUUUCAUUUUAUUCAAACUCUUGCUUCAUGCCAACUUCAUACACCAUUUCAGUCGCUCUUACUUCAAUGUGAUUUUUAUUAUUAUUCAUUUGGAUUUCGUCACGCUCCUGAUCCUUAUUUUCCAGGUGUAACUGUUUCACGAUUUAGUCCAAAUGAUAAAAUUCCAUUAAAUUUACGUGAAAGUCGUUUUCAUAAUCGUCCAAUGUUUAGUACAUGUUUUCAUUGUUCUUAUUGUUUUGAUCAUUUGGAAACAGUUCGACUAAAAAUUGCUUCAUUUUCACAUACUGAACUAAAUAUUCCUAAAUAUCAUGAUCAAAAAUAUAUUAUUGAUUGUUUUCGGAAUGGUAAAGAUCUUUAUGAUAGACAUGGUGUACGAUUCCGACAUGUUAAUAUUAAUGAAAUUGAAUUACCUCGAUUAGUACAAGUUAAACGAGAACGUUUCAUGUAUAUGUUGGAUAGAUCAUCACCUAAUGCUGGCUUUCGAGAUGUUUAA